CAAGGCAAGUGUACGCUAUCAAAGAUGGAUCGUGUGUUUUGGUUAUUGUUUCUGUUAGUCUCUGUACCACUGAUCAAAGGACAGACCCCUGAUGAUACAGUCGAAGAUGGUGAUGGAGACGGAGAUGGUGACGGAGACGGUGACGGAGAUGGGGACGGUGACGGAGUUGGGGACGGGGACGGGGACGGUGACGGAGAUGGUGACGGAGUUGAUGAUGGAGACGGAGACAGUGACGGGGACGGUGACGGAGUUGGUGACGGAGACGGUGACGGAGAUGGUGACGGAGUCGGUGACGGGGACGGUGACGGAGAUGGGGACGGAGACGGGGACGGUGACGGAGUAGGUGACGGGGACGGUGACGGAGAUGGUGACGGAGUUGAUGAUGGAGACGGAGACAGUGACGGAGACGGGGACGGUGACGGAGUUGGUGACGGAGACGGUGACGGAGAUGGUGACGGAGUUGGUGACGGGGACGGUGACGGAGAUGGUGACGGAGUUGGUGACGGGGAUGGUGACGGAGAUGGUGACGGAGAUGGUGACGGAGUUGGUGACGGAGACGGUGAUGGAGACGGAGAUGGGGACGGAGACGGUGAUGGAGUUGGUGACGGGGACGGAGAUGGUGACGGAGACGGUGACGGUGAUGGAGUUGGUGACGGGGACGGUGACGGAGAUGGUGACGGAGUUGGUGACGGAGUUGGUGACGGAGUUGAUGACGGGGAUGGUGAUGGAGAUGGUGACGGAGUUGGUGACGGGGACGGAGACGGGGAUGGUGACGGACACGGUGGAGACGGAGAUGGGGACGGAGACGGUGACGGAGUUGGUGACGGGGACGGAGAUGGAGACAGUGAUGGUGACGGAGACGGUGAUGGAGACGGAGAUGGGGACGGCGAUGGUGACGGAGACAGUGACGGAGACGUUGACGGGGACGGAGAAAGUGAUGAAGACUGUGACGGAGACGGUGACGAUGAUGAAGUGCUGUUUAAUACAAGUGUUGUCCUUAAACUGGGCCAGGGAAUUGAUGUGGGCGAAAUCAUCGAAACUCUGGUCGAAGAGGCAACUGAUAUAAAUUGUGAAAAAUGCGUGUUUGACGUCCGCAUGAAAAUACGGAAAUGUCAUCCCUAACUUCCUCAUCUACAAUGGAGAUGCCCACUGUUCCACUCUGUCAGAAAUAGUGUGUACCUAAUGUAACCUACUGAGGAUUACUUCAAAUCAUGUUCAUGUAAACCAUGACA